AUGACUGGAAAAGAUAAGUUGGUUUCUAAGAGGGACGAUGACGGUAAGAGGCGAUCGCAAAAGCACGAAGAAGAGGAGAGACGAAAAAAAGUCGAGCCUGGAAUCAUAAAUAAGACAAAUGGAAAAAAGCUGAGGUUGUUGAAGAAAAAUCACUCAACCAGUGUACCGGAAACAGCAGAAGGGAUUGCUGGUCGAGUGCAGCGAGAGUACCGGAACACGGUCCGACGCCAGAAUCAAGAAGACAAAAAGGAAAAUUAA